AUGCGAUCGCGCGAGGAUGAUAUCAGUGUGUGGCAGACUGCUUGGCGAUACAAGACGGUCGGUGUCAUUGCCAUGUCUGCAGCGUUCAGUGCUGCAUUAGAUGGUUACCAGAUCAAUCUCAACGGCGGCAUCGUGUCCAACAAAGGCUUCAUCAAACAAAUGGCCAAGCAGGGAACGACAAUCAUUGACGGCAAAUACAUCUCAGCUUGGGGAGGAAUCCAAUCCGCUGGCCAGACUGUUGGCCAAAUUCUGCUUCAAUUUGCCACGGAAAAGUUCGGCCGCAAAAUAGCUCUUUACAUCAUCUGGACUAUACUGGUAAUCAGCGUUUUCAUCGAAACGUUUGCGACCCACUGGCAACAUUGGCUAGUUGCAAAGCUCUUCUCUGGCAUGGGAGUAGGUAUGCUGCAGGCCACACUGCCUCUCUAUCUCUCCGAAAUCGCACCGACCCAGCUGCGAGGCUUCUUCAUCAACGCAUACAGCUUCUGGUUCGUUCUGGGUCAACUCUUUGCCUCCGUGGCCUUGAACCGGCUCAAUGCUGCUGAUCCCCUGGACUUCCGGACUCCAAUCUACUCUCAGUGGGGUAUGAUUGGUGUGAUUAUCAUCAUCUUUGUCUUUCUGCCGGAGACACCAUGGUGGCUUGUGAGCCAAGGCAAACUAGACAAGGCAUCCAAGGUUCUCCAACUUUGCAACGGCCAUAUAGAGGGCUACGACAUUCAAGAACAAAUCGGUAUCAUGGAUGCUACGGUCAUGAUGGAACGUCACAUCGCCAAAAGAGACUCCAGGGAAGGAAUAUGGGCCGUGUUCCAAGGCCGCAAUCUCAUCCGGUUCAUCAUUGCAGCAUGGCCAAAGAUCACUCAGCAAUUUGUUGGUCUGGCCGUGUUUAAUACCUACGCCACCUACUUUUUCCAAUAUGCUGGAAACAAGGACCCCUUCCUCGUCACUUUGAUUCUCUCCAGCGUCCAGCUCCUCUCGAUGAUCCUCACCGCCACGCUCACUGACACGUUGGGCCGACGACCUCUAACAGUCUACCCUUACGCUGUGACGGUUGGCUCUGUUCUCAGCCUUGGUAUCAUCGGAUGCUUUGACUACACGCAAAAGGCUACAAGUGCUCUCUUGAUCUUCUUUGCCUGUCUGGCUACCUUUUCGACCACUGGAGCCUCAGCCAUUGGCUAUGCCUACACGGCGGAACUCCCUCAACAACGACUACGAGCGCAGACGGCAGGUUGGUGUCUCGCUGUGUCUAACAUGAUUGCCAUCAUGUUUAGCUUCUGCACUCCCAUCAUGAUCAACGGACCGUCGAAAUGGGGUGUCAAGACCGGAUUCUUCUUCGCUGGUACUGGUCUGGUCGCCGUUGUUGUGGCUUGGUUCAUUCUCCCUGAAGUUGCGCGCCGAACCCCCGGUGAGAUUGACGAAAUGUUCGAGAAGAAAGUUAACCUCCGUCAUUUCAAGAACUAUGUGACGGAAGUUCAGAUGCGGGCAGACGAAGAAUAUCCGGAGAAAGAGCAGAAUACGCCCGCUUAG